AUGUACGAAGAGCUCAUUGCAUUUCUGUUGGGGAAGAAAGAGGACUUCACUGACGAGGAUUUGAACGAGUUUCUGAGGCUGCUUGCUGAGACACUUUCAGUGGCACCGGAGUACGAGAUGUUUGAGAAGCAGGCGAUUGUGGAGAGCAUGAUGGAUCG